CAGAAUAUUCCAGUCAAGGUAUUAAGAACUAAAGAGCAACGAGAGACAAGAGAAAGAGAGAAAUAAAAAGCUGACUAGAGAGCUUGAAAAUGAACAUCAUCCCAAGCUUAAGUGCUGGCACCUGGGCACUGAUUGUUCUCUUCCUGACUCUCCUGUUUCUAUAUGGGACCUGGACACACAAGCUCUUUAAGGACCUGGGAAUUCCAGGACCAGCACCUCUUCCUUUCUUUGGCACUGUUCUUUCUUAUCGCAAAGGUUUUACAGAUUUUGACAUGACUUGUUUUAAAAAAUAUGGGAAAACCUGGGGGUUUUUUGAUGGCAGACAACCUGUAUUGUCCAUCAUGGACCCAGAAACUAUCAAAUCAGUGCUGGUAAAAGAGUGCUAUUCUGUCUUCACCAAUCGUCGGAAUUUUGGUCCAGUAGGGAUUUUGGAGAGUGCUAUCUCAAUUGCUGAAGAUGACCAAUGGAAGAGGAUUCGAACAGUGUUGUCUCCAACAUUUACAAGUGGAAAACUCAAGGAGAUGUUUCCCAUCAUUAACCAAUAUGGAGAUGUGUUAGUGAAGAACAUGCGGAAGGAAGCAGAGAAAGGCAAGCCUGUAAUACUGAAAGACAUUUUUGGGGCCUACAGCAUGGAUGUGAUAACUAGCACUUCAUUUGGUGUCAAUGUUGAUUCCUUGAAUAACCAAAAUGAUCCCUUUGUGAGAGAAAUCAAGAAGUUAAUUAAAUUCAGUUUUCUGGAUCCGCUUUUACUUACAAUAACGAUUUUUCCAUUCCUUAUUCCUUUGUUAAAAAAAAUGGAUGUAACUGUAUUUCCAAAAGAAACAAUAGAUUUCUUAUCAAAAUCAAUUAGAAAAAUAAAGGAAGAACGAAAGAAAAAUUCACAAAAUCAACGGGUAGAUUUCCUUCAGCUUAUGAUGGAUUCUCAGACUUCUAAAAAUUCAGAGACACAAUCUCAUAAAGAUCUGAGUGAGGAUGAAAUCCUGGCCCAAUCCAUUAUCUUUCUUUUUGCUGGCUAUGAAACUACCAGCUCAGUUCUUUCCUUUCUCUUUUACCAUCUGGCCACCCACCCUGAGUUCCAGCAGAAACUUCAGGAGGAGAUAGAUACAGUUCUGCCCAACAAGGAAUCAGUCACAUAUGAUGCCCUGGUACAGAUGGAGUACCUAGACAUGGUGACAAAUGAAAAUCUCAGGCUUUUUCCCAUAGCUGGCAGGAUUGAAAGGGUUGCUAAGAAAACUGUUGAGAUCAAUGGAGUGAAGAUUCCUAAAGGCACAGUGGUGAUGGCCUCUCCCUUUGUCCUUCAUCGUGACCCAGAUUACUGGCCAGAGCCUGAGGAGUUCCGCCCUGAGAGGUUCAGCAAGGAAAAUAAAGAGCACAUGAACCCCUAUAUGUACCUGCCCUUUGGUGCUGGUCCCCGAAACUGCAUUGGGAUGAGAUUUGCACUUAUGAGUAUGAAAGUUGCAACUAGCCGACUCCUGCAGGAAUUUUCCUUUAGGACUUGUGAAGAGACACAGAUUCCUCUGAAGCUGAGUAAUCAGCCUCUUCUUUCACCAACUGUACCCAUUGUCCUUCAGGCUGUACCAAGGUCCAAGAAGAGAAACCAACACUAGAAAUUCUCUUUCUCAUUCUACUCACCUGUAUCUACAAUCAUGCCCCAGAUUUCUCUUCUAUAGUCUAAAGACCCUGAAUCCUAGGGUUGCAAAUGUAACUUAAUUUACCUAAUGAAUCAAAAAAAAAGAAGUGAUUUUUUUUAAUCAUAGGAGAGGAGUGUUUAGAUAUUUCAGAUGGUCUUCUGGACACCUCCAUGUUUGAGAGCUAUGUAUUAUGUUCAGUGGUAUCAAGUGUCACAUGCAGUGAUCCAGCUGAUCAUAUUCCAAAAGAAAUGACCCCCACCAUAUUAGUACCACUUGAUAUUACUAAGCUUUGGUGACUCAAUGGAUAAACAUAGAGAAAACCAUGAAUUGCCUCUUCUUUAUUUUUAUCAACAAUACUCCUUGAAAAUUACAACAUAUUGAAUGUAAUAAUAUUGUGGGGAGCAUAUUACUUAUUUUUAGUGUUCUGCAUUUGAUCAAAGAACAUUAUGUUUUACUUUCUUGUUUUCACUUUUUCCUUUGAUUCUGUAUCUUCUUUCACAACAUAGCUAACAUGGUAACAUGUUUUCUGUGAUUGAACAUAUAUAACCUGUAUUAAAUUGCUUCAUGUUUUUGGGAGAGGGGAGAUGAGGGAAAGAGAGGAAAUUUGGAACGCAAAAAAUUUUUAAAUGAAUGUUAAAAAUUGUCUUCUUAUGUAAUUGGAGAAAAAUAAAAUAUUCUUUAUUUAAUAUUCAUUAUUUAACUACUAUGCUGCUACAAACCACUAAAGAUAUUUCUGGAAAUUUCUUCCUUGA